AGCAGGAGGCGGCGGCGAGGGAGCGGUUGGCACUGGGGCAGCGACCGUCCGUGCCCGCCGCGCCUUCUCCCGCCGAGGUGGGUGCGGGGCUGGGGGACCCGGGCGUGGGGACGGGCGGCGCGGCCGCACCUACGGAACGCAGUCCGUCCUGCCGCCUGACAGGGCCCGGGCCGCCUCUGGGUUCGGGCGGGAGGCAAGGGCGCUGGCAGCCCCCGCCUGCGACGCGGCCGGACCGAGACGGAGAGGAGGGGCCUCCAGCUGCAGCAAAUGAGCGAGGGCUGCCAGGUUUAUAAAUCUGCUUUUCCUACCACCGCCCUCGAGCCCCGCUGACUCCGGCGGCAGCGACCGCUGGCUGCGGCUCCGCCAGAAAGGACGUUUUUCUGACGGCUUCCCAGCUCUGGGGUGUGCAGGAGGCUCUGAAGGGUGGCAGCAUCAUUUAUUUCUCUGGCGAAACAGAAGAAUGCACUCAGUUACACUUCUCAGCAGCUCUGCAGCCUGUGGAGUGUGUGGGCAGUCUCUAUAUGCAGCAUCCUGGAAAAUGUGCGUUCUCUUGAAGUGAUCUGCUGAAAAGCACGUACUUGUACAGUUGUUCCAGCCUCCCUUGUUGUGUUGCUCUCAAGACCUGAAAUGCCUGGUCUCUAAUACUCCCUGGGGUCUCCAUUUCAUCUGUCAAAGAAACGCUGCCUGCUGCAGUUAUCCAGUGAACCCCGAAGAGCAGGGACACGGAAGAUGGCUCUGUGUGCUUUUUAUGCAGUUUGGGGUUUGUUGCUAGAAGUGGCAAUAGCAUUUGGCCCAGUGCCAAGGAUCACUUGGGAACACAAAGAGGUCCAGCUAAUACAUUUUAAUGAAUCAAAAGUGUCAAACUAUUCAACCUUGCUGUUAAGUGAAGACAAAAACGUUCUAUAUGUAGGAGCCAGGGAAGUGAUCUUUGCCUUAAAUGCAGUGAAUAUUGCUGAGAAGCAGCAUGAGUUACACUGGAAGGUCACAGAAGAUAAAAGGACUAAAUGUGCAAUUAAGGGCAAAUCAGAACAGACAGAAUGUCGUAAUUACGUGCGUGUCUUGCAACAGCUGAAUGAUACUUUCCUCUACGUGUGUGGAACUAAUGCAUUUCAGCCAACGUGUGAUUACCUGAAUUUAAUUUCAUUUGAACUUGGAGGUAAAAAUGAAGAUGGUAAGGGCAGAUGUCCAUUUGAUCCUGCUCAAAGCUACACAUCUGUUAUGGUUGAUGAGGAGCUUUAUUCUGGGACUUCCUACAAUUUCUUGGGAAGUGAACCUAUUAUUUCACGUCACUCUCAUCAGAGCCCUCUGAGAACAGAGUAUGCAAUACCUUGGCUUAAUGAACCCAGCUUUGUUUUUGCUGAUGUGAUAAGAGCAGAUCCAAACAGCACAGAUGGAGAAGACGACAAGAUAUACUUCUUUUUCACUGAGGUGUCUGUGGAGUAUGAAUUUGUUGGGAAAUUGAUGAUUCCAAGAAUAGCUAGAGUAUGCAAGAGGGACCAAGGAGGACUAAGGACCUUGCAAAAAAAAUGGACUUCGUUUCUCAAGGCCAGACUGAUUUGUACCAUCCCUGAUAAGAAUUUAAUUUUCAAUGUUAUCAAUGAUGUUUUUAUUCUCAAAUCUCCGACUUCAAAGGAACCAGUGAUAUAUGGAGUCUUCACCCCACAACUGAACAAUGUGGGGUUGUCAGCAGUGUGUGCAUACAAUCUGUCUACUGUAGAAGAGGUUUUCUCAAAAGGAAAAUACAUGCAGAGUACUACAGUGGAACAGGCCCAUACAAAGUGGGUCCGAUACAAUGGGGAAAUUCCGAAUCCUCGACCUGGUGCGUGUAUAAACAGUGAAGCCAGAGCAUCAAACUACAUGAGUUCUUUGAAUUUACCAGACAAAACAUUGCAAUUUGUUAAAGAUCAUCCUCUAAUGGAUGACUCAGUGACCCCAGUGGGAGACAGACCUCGCCUAGUAAAGCGAGAUGUGAAGUAUACACAGAUUGUAGUUGACAGAGUCAGAGCACUCAAUGGCACCAUCUAUGAUGUUAUGUUCAUCGGUACAGAUCGAGGAGCCCUGCACAAAGCUAUCAGCUAUGAAAAUGGAAUGCAUAUUAUUGAAGAAACACAGCUUUUUCCAAAUUUUGAACCAGUCCAAACUCUCUUGAUUUCAUCCAAAACAGGCAGAAGAUACCUCUUUGCUAGUUCAAAUUCUGGUGUGGUGCAGUCUCCAGUGGCAUUUUGUGACAAGUACACCACUUGUGUUGACUGUGUUUUAGCAAGGGAUCCUUACUGUGCUUGGAAACCUCUUGAAGCUUCCUGCAUUGAUAUUUUUAAAGAAGGUGAAAUGGAAAGGAGCUGGAUUCAAAACAUAGGUGGAGAUGCAUCUUCUUGUUCUGAUAAAGUAAGAGAGAAUCCCCUACAGCAUACAUUCAAGCAUGGGAGCACAGCAGAACUCAAGUGUUCUCAAAAGUCCAAUCUGGCACAGGUAGUUUGGAAGUUCAAAGAUGACGUGCUGAGAGUGGAGAGUCCCAAGUACCGUCUGCUGGAGAAGGCAUUGCUCAUCUUCAAUUUAUCAGAAGGAGACAGUGGUGUUUACCAAUGCUUGUCAGAAGAAAAAGUGAAAAAUAAAAAAUUUUCUCAAGUGCUAGCUAAGCAUGUUUUGGAACUGAAAAAAAUGCAGCAUACCACGGUGGGUCCCACUGCAACAGCUGCACCAACAGAAGCCUCAUCUCCUAUACCUUUCCCUCCUACUGGUACCUCCUUUAUGUCCUGUGUGGGAAGUGGUUCACCUCCUUCACCCACCAGUACCCAGCCUGAUGUUUGGUCUAGCAAAGACCCCGUAAAGGUCAUGUUGUUGCCACCUUUCCUAAGUGACCAGGCACAGCAUGUUAGUGUCCGGGGACCCUUCCACCUCUUCUGCCAAGCCACAGGUCCAGACAACUCCUACUUUGUCUGGAGGAAGAACGGACAAAAGAUGAAGGCAUGCAUCACGGAGCAGUCUCACGUGCUGCUUGAUGGCAGAGUGCUUGUUCUCAGUUGGGUGAAAGAUUCAGUAUCAGAAAACACAGAAUACAGAUGUUCUUUCAUCUCAAAAGUUGGGAACACAACGUCAGAAGUGCUGAUCACAGUGGAAGGUAAAGAUAGCACUGGUCAGGAUGCAUGGACCAAAGAAUUUGAUACCUGGAAAAGUGCCAUCAGUGAACAUGACAAGAUGAUGCAAAACUGGAAGAAAAGAUGGGAGACCUGCAACAAGAGAAACAGCCUCUAAUGGACAAAGGAGUUAACAGGCUAGAAGGAAAAAUGUAUGCACGUUAAGAGUACCUGUUACUCUUAUUAUUAUAGCAUUUGGAAUGUCUUUUCAAGCGUUAGUGCUGACAUUAAAACUGGUAUUCAGGAGAAUCACCUCAAGCAUGAAGUGGAAGGGGAUAUUCUUACUGCACCAAAGCUAAGUUACAUGGUACAAUGCAUCCCAUGCUGCAACUAUCUCUGGUUUUCUGAUGUCAGCUAUUUCAGCUUAAUAACAAAAACAGUCUCAGCAAGAUUUGUGCUGUUCAAAGAAUGUAAUAUGAUGUUUUCUGUUUUGAGUUCAUUAAGUUAACCAGAUAAUUUUGGGCUUGAGGAUCUUGGCAUAAGAUUUAGAAAUUAGGACGUGCCAUUUAUUAAAGGCAUUCAAACUUGUACACUUAUUUUUCUUUUACUAUGUUUACCCUUAGUUGCCAGUGUUUUGAAGAGUAUUCCUUUAUAGUGUCAGCAAGCUCAUUUAUUUCCUUUGGUAAUUGCGCUGAGUUUUAGUUAAUUUUCUUCACAGUGGCUGGUGUGGAGUUUGUUUUGGAUUUGUGCUGAACACAGGGUUGAUAAUGGAGAGAUGUUUUUGUUGUUGCUGAGCAGGGCUUGCACAGAGCCAAGGCCUUUUCUGCUUUUUGCACUGCCACAAUGGCAAGGAAGUAGGGGAUGCAGGGGAGGUUGGGAGGAGACACAGCCAGGACAGGUGACCCCAGCUGACCAAAGGGAUAUUCCAGACCACGUGGCAUCACACUCAGUACAUAAAGUCAGAGGGGCAUGUAUGGAGUGAUGUCAUUUGUGUUCCCAAGUAACCAUUAUGUGUGAUGGGCCCUGCUCUCCUGGAAAUGGAUCGACACCUGCCUGCCCAUGGGAAGAACUGAAUGAAUUGUUUUGCUUUGCCUGUCUGCACGGCUUUUGCUUUUCCUAUUCAACUGUUUUUCCUGUUCAAGGGCUUCUACCCUUCUGAUUUUCUCCCACUGUGAGAGGCUGGGUGGUGCUUGGUUGCUGGCUGGGCUUAAACCAUGACAGUAAUAAAGUUUCUAUACCAAUUAAAGAAGUUCUGACUAAUGCUUAAAACACAGAUAGAUUACAAAGUAUGCAAGAAGACUCUUUAGUUUUUGCAAAUUCUUCUAUAUUUGAGAUAAUGUAGGUUUAAAAUUCUGUGCUGCAUGAACUCAAAGACCAUUCCUUAUGAUGAUCAAGUGUGAUGAUCAGACUGAAAAUGUGAGGACCUACACUAUCCACAGUAAAAGUGUUCUACUGCAUUACUGCUCAGAGUUUUGUCCUUCUGCAUCUAAGAAACAAAAGUCUGAUGUAUAAAUUAAAUUUUCUCUUUAUCUGCUCAAUGGAUUUCAACAAUCUGGAAGCAAGUAAGAUUCUCCGAAAUGAUCAAUCAGCCUAGGCGGAGAGCUGCUUUGAGAGUAUCAGAAAGCUUCAUACUCAUCCCUAAGUUCUCUCCUAACUGGUAAGAUUUAAAUUAGAGUGUUUCUGACAUUAAAGAAAGCAGUCUCAUCAUGCUAAGACUAGAAUGAUCUUUUCUUUUUUUUUUUUUCACUAAUCAGACCACCUUGUCACACAUGCAGGGUGAAAACUCAUUUUUUUUCCUACUUUUCUUAACUAUUUUCCCUGUAUUUCACAUAGGAUGCUGAUGCAGACUUCUAACACCACCAGAGAUAAUUUUUUUCUCAUUUGUUCUCAUAAUUUUUUUGCUCUCAGGACAACUAUAAAUAGACUUUUCUUGAAUUGUUUCUCCUUCAUUUGUUCAACCAAUUUGGAGCACACUUAGUUCUGUGCUCCAGAGUUUAGUUCUGUGGAGCUGAGUGGGAAUAUAAAGUAAGACAGGGGUCAGGGUUUUGGAUGGUGUAGGUAAGCUUUGCUUUGUUUCUGCAGGAAAUUGCUGCAAGUAAUAAAAAUUUGCCAAAUUUUCUAUUUAGUUCAAUCUUAUGGGGAGGAAAAAAAAAAAAGAAAAAGAAAAAAAUCUGUGUACUAGCAUUAGAAACCAUGGCUGUGACACCUUUAUAGUAAUUU